GCGCACCCGCGGGGGCGCGCACGGGGCGCAGAGGCGGCAGCCAAGAUGGCGGCGCGGGUGGCGCAGGGGCCGGCAGCCCGCGGGCGCGCCUAGGCCGCGGGCCCCCCCCUCCUUUAUCCCCUUACGCCGGGGCGGGCUCCCCGCUGCCGAGCCCCCCCCCCCCCCCCCCCGGUCCCCCGGCCCCACCACCGGCAGGAUGCUGCCCUCGCAGGAAGCCUCCAAGCUGUACCAUGACAACUACGUGCGGAACUCGCGCGCCAUCGGCGUGCUGUGGGCCAUCUUCACCAUCUGCUUCGCCAUCAUCAACGUGGUGGUCUUCAUCCAGCCUUACUGGGUGGGAGACAGCGUCAACACGCCCAAGCCCGGUUACUUCGGGCUGUUCCACUACUGUGUGGGCAGCGGGCUGGCGGGCCGGGAGCUGUCGUGCCGCGGCUCCUUCACCGACUUCAGCACCAUCCCCUCGGGCGCCUUCCAGGCGGCGGCCUUCUUCGUGCUGCUGUCCAUGGUGCUGACGCUGGGCUGCAUCACCUGCUUCGCCCUCUUCUUCUUCUGCAACACCGCCACCGUCUACAAGAUCUGCGCCUGGAUGCAGCUGCUGGCAGCGCUCUGCCUGGUGCUGGGCUGCAUGAUCUUCCCCGACGGCUGGGAUGCAGAGACCAUACGGGACAUGUGCGGGGAGAAGACGGGGAAGUACUCCCUGGGCGACUGCUCCGUGCGCUGGGCUUACAUCCUGGCCAUCAUCGGCAUCCUCAACGCCCUCAUCCUCUCCUUCCUGGCCUUCGUCCUCGGCAACCGGCAGAACGACCUGCUGCACGAGGAGCUCAAGACAGAGAGCAAAGAUUUUGUUGGCACUGCGAGGAUAUAGGGCCGAGCGCCCGCAGCAGGACCCUCCUCCCUCGGCCGGCAGCCGGGGCCUGGGCUCCCUCCUCAUCCCGCCCUUCAUCUGCUGCCAGCGGCCGCACCGCGUCCCGGGGACGUGCCUCCAUGUCCACGCCGGCACCUCCAUCCCAUGCACCCCCAGCGGGGGAGGACGCCCCGACCCCGCUCCCUCCGAGAGCAGCGUCCGACCGCGGCUUCGUUUCGAGGAGAAAACAGAGUUUUUAACAGAUUUCUACAUCCCCGACCCGCUGCCUCCAGCCCUGCGCGCCCCCCGCGCCCCCCAGCUCCGGGCCCCUUCCUGCUCCCGUUUUGUACAGCUCCGCCAUCCUGCCUCCACAGCCAGGGGACCCGGUGGCCGGGAUGAGGCUCAGCCCCUACUUUUACGUGUAAAUUCAUAUUCUUUAAACAGGGUAAAGUGACCCGCGCCCCCCCCCCCCCCCCGGGACGCGGUGUUCCCGGUGCGUGGCCACGCCACGGGCUGUGUCCCCCCCCCCCCGCCCCGGCACGGGCACCGCAGGGGCUUCGCUGCCGCCGCUGCUGAAUGUAACCCUGGUAAGUGGGAGCAGCCGAACAUGCCAACACCCCCCGGGUGGGUGCAGGAUCCCCACAUCCCACCAAGCCCCUUCCCCGAGCUGGCCGCGGGCUGUUGCCGAACGCCUUCCCCCCUCCAUCCCCAUACGGUGCUUUUAUCUCCACUGGUGACCGGGCGCCCCGGUGUUCCCACCCCUGGCUGCACCCCGCAGGGAGCCGGCAGCCUCCAGCACGACCCAGCCUCCAUCGCACACACACAGCACCCAAGAGCCGGCCCCGACACCGGUGCCCACACCGGCACUUGGGACCGUCGUGGUCCUGGCCGCAGGGGGCUCUGGUCGCUGCAGCCCCUGCAAUGCAAUAAAGUCCUCAGCACCGGCUGCGUCUCAGUGCGAGCGGCCCGGGGCUGUUUGCAGGGCUCCCCGGGGAUCGGGGUAGGGGGGGGACCCCUGGCAGGGCUGGACCCAGGCGCUGGGAGCGGAGCAGGAGCGCGGCCACAGGCAGCGGAGCCACUGGGGAUGGCCACCAAGGGCGCUGCAGGAGCCACGGCCCAGGGCUGGUGGAGCAGGUAAGUGGUGCCCAAGGGACGGAGCCGUGCCCAGGAACACCGUCUGGGAGCCAAAGUCACCCGGGACGGCGCCGGUGCUGCUGCCAACGGGCUCUGCCAGCCGCGUCCCUCCUCCGGCACCCGGGCAUCCCGCUGGAGCGGGGCUGGCGGGAGCCUCGGCAGCGCCCGGGAUUUGCCAAGUGGAGAGUGCUGCUGCCGGCUGCAUCGGAAACCAAACCAAGGAAGAAAACCCACACGGAUCAGUGGAGAAAGGAAUACAGUAGCUGUAAUAUAUCUGUAUUUUAGUACAAAGUUUGAUACGGUGUUUCACAAAACCUUAUUGAGAAAUAUAAUUCAAACCAGA